AUGGCGACCACCGUUCCGCCAACAGUGGGAACUGCCCAGUUCAAUCGAGUUCUCAGCGACUUCAAGCACGAGCUGUCUCAGGAUGAAGUCGACGACUUCAACUUUACCAAUGCUGAAGACCUCAAAAAGGCGGUGCACCGACUGCAAGAGCAGCAAAAGUCGGAAAAGCGCAUGCAGAACUUGCGUCGACUCAGUUCCUCUCUUGAAGCCAUGGACCAGUUUGAUAAAGUCGUUUCCGUUUUCUUGAAUGCUACCGACUAUUUGGGCUUUAUUUGGGGUCCCGCAAAAUUCAUGCUGUUGAUUGCUGGCUCGUACUCGGAAGCCCUGAACACAUUACUCGAUGCCUACCAGGAAAUUGGCGAUCACGUACCUCUACUGGAACAAUAUGAGUCUCUUAUCCGCAACAGUCCAUACCUUCAAGAUAUCGUUGGAUUAAUCUACAAAGACAUCUUGAAUUUCCACCGCAAGGCAAUGAAACACUUUCGGCAACGAGCUUGGAAAAAACUCUUCCAUGCGACGUGGAGAACGUUUCGCACAGACUUUGGCGCCAUCAUCUCCAACCUGCAAUCACAUCGGAGGCUUCUCGACAGCCAGGCUAUCUUUUUAGGAGUCCAAGAGACGAUAAAGGCGAUGGAAGAGCUCCAUGAAACGAGGAGGGUUCUUGAUGACGAAUGCAAGAGAAGGCAAGAUGAGGAUGGCAAGCAUCGACAACUUGCCGUGGUUUCAUGGUUGUCUGCUGCAGAUAGUGCGAGCGACCACGAGGAUGCGUUUGCAGUCCAUGAAGAUGAACCAGAUAGUGGUUCGUGGCUGUUUCAGCAUGAUUCGACCAAAGACUGGAUCGAUCCGUAUUCAUCAUCCGAGCCUUUGCUAUGGAUCAAUGGAAAACCUGGCGCUGGUAAAACAAUUCUAGCUUCAGCUCUUAUUGAGGAAUGCCGACGUCAGCCACACUCCGCCGUGGCAUUUUUCUAUUGCAAGCAUGGAGAUCCCGCCCGAGACAACUUCAUCGGAUUCGCACGAAGCAUUAUUUUCCAGUUCACAAAGUUGAACUCCUCGCUGCUGCCUUUUGUGCUCGAAAAAGAAUCAAGCAGUGGCACAGAUUCGUUGCGGUCAUCUAAAAUCGCGAAAGAAAUCCUGGCGGCUGCUGUUGAGUCCUUUGGUGACUUAAUCCUUGUCAUUGACGGACUGGACGAAUGCAUCAAGUCUCAAAAAAAUGAGAUAGUCUCCUGGGCACUUUCAGUAAUUGCCUCGGCGGAAACCGAUGAUUCCAGAAACCUGCGGUGUUGCUUCCUCAGCCAGGACGACAACGACACUGGAAGAUUGCUCAAAGCUUUACCCACGUUCAAGAUCACCGACAAACAUAACAGCCAAGACAUAUCACAUUUUUGUCGUCGCCGAGCAAAUGAGAUUGGGCAGAACUUUGGAUUGUUGCCUCAGGAUGUCCAAAGUUUGGCGGAGUGUGUUGCUGGAAAGGCCGACGGGAUGUUCCUCUACGCAAAGCUAGUAAUGGACAAUUUGGAUAGCCAAGUCUCCAAGGCGGCAUUGAAGCAAGAAAUGAAAAGAAUCCCGCCAACUCUGAACCAAGUAUACCGCCGAAUCAGGCACCGGAUUCUAGAUGAAUCUAGUCCUCCAGAACAGCAAGUCGCAAAGACACUACUCAGUUGGCUUCUCUGUGCAAAACGCCCACUCAAAUGGCACGAAAUUCAAGGGGCCAUGUCCCUAGAUUUAGAUGACAAUUCAUUCGACUGCGAAAGAAGACUUGUGAGGGAUAUUAAACAUUUCUGCGGAUCUUUGGUUGAGGUACGAAGAGGUGGCGCGAUAUGCUUUGUCCACCUGACUGCAAAGUAUUUUCUUCAGGAUGAACCAGCGUUGCCGAAGCAGCUCGAGAAGCUCAACCUAACUCGCCUCUGCUUUUCUCAUCUAUCCCUCGAUUCGCAUGCUUCUGAUAUUACCCAAGACUCGAUUCGUGCAUAUGUUGUCCGUGGCGAAUAUGCUUUCACCGAAUAUGCUGUUGUCCAUGCCUUCGAUCAUUUGCUUGAUGUGCUCUCGGAAAGAGAUGAUAUUUUCACGUUGAGCUAUGGAGCUCUGGGCAUGAGCUUGCGAAAGUUCGUUGAAAAGCGCGUCAGUGCGCCCAGGAAGCGGGCCUCAGUCGCAAAAACCAUCGACAACAAACUUCAAGUUCUCAAGAAUGAGGACUUUUUCGACAGCCUAAAACAUGCCAUUGUUUACCAGAAAGAAUCCGAGGAUAAAUCAAGAAAAAAAGUAGAUGAGGAACCCGUAUUGACUCUUCUCCCCCAAUUAGCCCGUGUGCGCUAUGUUCUGGAGAAGAUGAUAAUUUCCGAUUUCACUUCUAAGCUCGAUUCUCUCUACGGCCAAAACCUUUUCAAAUGUUCGGAACCACGAUGUGAAUCGUUCCAUGAUGGCUUUCCCACACAACAGAUCCGCGACAAGCAUCGUGACCAGCACGAACGUAUCUAUCUUUGCUCAUUUUUAGGCUGCACAUCGUCCAUGAUCGGUUUUAACACCGCGUUGAGUCUUAAACAACACGAACAAGAGUAUCACCAAGGAGUACGUAACGGAAACAGCUUCCCUUGGCAUGGCACCCUGGAGAAACUGGACAUCGCUGCGGAAAUUAAGAACGGCAAUUAUGCUGCGUUUGAGCUGUGGUUAUCUCGGUGGAAAGAUAUGAUACCAAACGAUCAGAUUGAGAUGGAUGGGUGGAAAUAUAGCCUCCUACGUCUGGUAUUUUCCUACCGCCAGAACAGGAUGCUGAAGGAAUUACUUGGCAAACUUCCGCCCACGUUGGACUCGCGUCAGACGACCCAUGCCUUAAUUGCUGCUAUUAAUUCUGGCAACGAGGAGGGAGUUCGAAUUUUCCUCAGACACAAUACUACGUUGGAAGACAGCACCAUCUACAGACUUCUGACGAGCUCUCUUCUGCGGGGCGAAGAUAACAUUGCCCGAGAACUACUGAUAUAUCCCUCAUCACCCUUUCUCCGUCCAGAUGGAAUGGCAAGAAAGGCGUCAUAUCUGAAUCUCACUAUUCGACAUGGGCGCUACGGAGUUUUCCAAUAUAUCCUUGAAAACUACCAGGUUGACCCUGAUUAA